AUGCCACCAGCUCCAGAUCUCCUGGCUUCGGCCGUGCCACGAAUCGGUGUGGCAGUCUUCGUUCUCCAUGCCGACACCACCACCAUACUACAAUCUUCCACGUACACGUCCACAGCUACGCCUACGCCUACGCCUACACAGAGGACAUCUAACAACGAUGCUUCUAGUCCAUCCAACGGCGAUGCAUCUAGUCCACCCAACUCCACCUCCACCUCUAAAUCCAAAUUCCUUCUCGGCCUCCGUCUCGGCUCCCACGGCGCCAACACGUGGGCCCUCCCCGGCGGCCACUUGGAGUUCGGCGAGACGUUUGAAGAAUGCGCGGCACGCGAGGUGCUGGAAGAAACCGGCCUAGAGCUGGACGUGGGAAGUCUGACCUUCUUGACUGCUACGAAUGAUCUGAUGCCGUUGGAAUCGGCGGACUCUUCAAGCCUGAAGGCAAGUCAAGAUGGAGAGGACCAAGGAAGUGUGAGUGUGGGUGCGAGUGUGAGUGCGCCCGUCAAAGGGAAGCAUUACGUGACAAUCUUCAUGACCGCGCAGGUCAAGCAUGUUGAUUCUGCCGGCACUGAUGCUGGUGCUGGUGCUGGUGCUGGUACUGAUGCUGGUGCUGGAGACAAAUCGACAUCCGGAUCCGGGUCCGGAUUCCCCCAAGCCCGUCGACUAGAGCCAAAUAAGUGCGCCGGGUGGGAAUGGGUCAGUUGGGACGACCUGGUCGGAUGGGCCGGGCCGCAGAUCCGACAAUAUCAAUGUCAGGGUGAAAAUCAGGCUCAGGCUCAGGCUCAGGCUCAGGCUCAGGCUCAAGAUCAAGGUCAAUAUCAGGGUGAGGGUGAGGGUGAGAGUGAGAGUGCGACUCAAGAUCAAGAUCAGGCUCAAGGUCAAGCCCAUCAUCAGAACACAGGCUUGGAUGACCACAACAACAAGACCGACAACAACGCUGUCCGCGUCCGCCCACUGUUCUCACCAAUGAUUAAUCUCCUCGUGCAAAGACCAGGCGUCGUCCCUCGACUGGAUUAG